AAUUCAGUCGAGCCGGAGCAGCGGCGGAACGUUGACGGUCUUUUCUAAGUGCGCAGUGAAGGCUUGAAGAUACGUGCGACGCUUUGAGUGUUCUUUACGUGAUCGUAGACCGAUACCUGUUGAUUAAAAAAAAAAAAGGGAGAAACGUUUGACUGUAGUGUUCAAAACAAAAAAAGAAAAGUAAUAGCAGAAGUCACGGCGUGGUUGUAAUGCAAAUAACAACACUGAACGAAGAGUGUUUUCUUUAUUAUUUUACCCAAGAAUAUCCAAGUAUCGUUGAGAUCAGUAAUAAUUCUGUGAAGUGUCGUUGCGGUAAAACUUGAGAUUUACAUUUAGUGGAUUGGUGCGUCUGAGAGACGAUUCAUCCCUCCAUUCGUCCCAACCAAACGAAGAAAAACAAGCGUCAUACAAGGACACGUUCACUUCAGAAGCCUAAUCAAUUGUUGGAACUUGAUUUCUGGCCACAAUACCAUGCGACGAUGGCUUUAGAGAUCUUUCGCGUCUGUUCUCGAGCUUCUCCUUACUCCGAGUUCCGUCAAUAAACAAAUAUAACGAAUGUUCAAAUAUACACAUAAUACAUUUUCAACAAGAGUUUGAAAAUCACGUUAAAAAUGGGGUGUGGUUCGCGAUGUGCCAAGUAUUUUUUGUGCUUCUUCAAUUUCAUCUUCUUCGUCGCUGGAGGCGCAGCGUUGGCUGUUGGCAUCUGGUUAAUAGCCGAUAGAAAUUCCUUCACUAAUCUCAUAGCCAAGGUCGAUCAGGCUGACAUUGUGCACAAAACUGACGCCCAGGUGAUUCAGAUGAUCGCGUACAUCUUAAUAGCAGCAGGAGCACUUACUUUCCUCGUAAGUUUUCUCGGCUACUGCGGAGCGAUGUUCGAAUCUCGUUGUCUUCUGUUUCUCUACGGCGUACUUUUGGUAUUGAUUUUAGUACUUCAGUGCAUCGCCGUGGGACUUGCCUUCGGAUUUAGACAAGAGGCUGAGAGCGAAACUUUGAAGAUCCUCAAGUCUACGAUUUCAGAAUAUUACGCGCCAUCCGAUAAGGCAGAAACAGUCACCGUUAUUUGGGAUGGAAUAAUGACACAGCUUCAUUGUUGCGGCGUUGAGAAUUACAACGAUUUUCGCACUAGUAAAAAUUGGACCUCAUCUGGUAAAAUGGUACCUGAAUCAUGCUGCAUGAAGGAGGAUGGACGACUAAAGGAUAGCAAUUGCCCCGUUUCACCGUCGUCAACUAACUCAUACUAUCAGACGGGAUGCUACGAGGCGAUGGUCAAAGUUAUCGAAGAUAGUGCAGCGAUAGUAAUCGGCGUCGCAGCUACACUGGCAUUCGUCGAAUUGUUGGUCAUCACCCUGGCUUUGUAUCUCGCAUGCUGUUAUUGGCGCCCACAACAUGUGUUAACUUGUUGGUGCUGCUGUUGACGAGGCAGGCUGAACAUUUCACAUGGAACACGAAAAAACACUCUGACUUACGAAAAUAGUGCCUUCUAGUAUACACUGACACAGAGCCCGUAGAGAGUUUGGACGCCUUGCUUGCUUUGAUGCAAAAUCUCGUAGCCCUUAGUAUAAACCCGCCGAGCCAGUAGCUGCAAUCAUCUGUAAUAUGCACUACCGACUGACAAUGUUGGGUCAAACCUCAGGUUAGCUACGAGUGUAGAUUGCGUACAUAGUUGUUAGCAUUCGUUUGUUCUUCUCUUUUUUUAUAAUUUUUUUCUGUAUUGUUUCGUUCUCUUGUUUUAUAAAUAUCUCUCAUCAUUUUAUGAUUGUUUGACAAUAGUAAUAAUUACUGUCUAUUAUUAUUAUUAUUAUUAUUAUUAUUGUUAUUGCUGUUAUUAUUAGUAUAUGUAUUACUUUCCAUCCUCGUGCAGAUACACGAAUUAUAUCAAGAAGACAACGAUUAUAAUAUUCUAAGCACCGCUGUAGAUCUGAAAAAAGCUUUUCUUCUGCUCUUUCUGUUUCUUAUAUAGAUACACAUACCUAUGUAUGUACGCACGUAGCUAUACAUAUACUAUGUGUAUCAUUUCUUCUUUCUUUUUGCAAUGUAUAAUAGGUUUCUCUAGUAUACAUUUGUUAAUGUUAAAUGUUGAUACUGUUUUUAUAAACGUACAAUUUAUUAUAUGCAUAUAAUGCAUUAUUAUUAUUAUUAUUUUACUACUAUUAUUAUCAUCACUAUAAAUAUUACUGUAUUUAUUUCAUUUUUAGUAAUUAAGACAGUAUUUUUCCCAUAUUAUUAAGAUCCUCGCAAUAGGAACUAUACUAGGUAGGGCAACGAAUCUGCGUUUAUUUGGAUGUCCGACAAAGCCAAGAGCGAUUUCUUGUUGUUCAUUUUGUUUCAUUUCUUUUUUCUAUUUCUUUCAUCUUUGCGGGGGGCAGUAAACAAGGAUUCCCUUUGCAGUAUUGAAAUAUCGUUAUGUCAGUCUAAAAAUUUCCAUAAAUAUGUUUCAUGAAAGCAUAAGCGUAAAUUUUUUUCAUCGUAUAUCGUUGAUAUUCAUCUUGCUUUUAUAUCUACCUUACUAAAGAGUAUCUGAACGUGACAAUCUGUUAUUUCCUGCAAUAUUUUCGUACCAAGUAUGAAAAAUAAUGAAUAAAAUGUUGAAAUUUUUUCUAAUUGCUAAAAUUUGAUUUGUACGUCAGGAAAUCGAAGUUUUGAAAUAAGGCGAUGAAUAGAUCAAUAGCAGGCAAUCGAAGAACAAGACGAAUCUUAUCUCCGUACCAACGCAUUCCUGUUGACCCAUAUUAUGUUAUAGUUUAAUAUUAAAUUCAGUUUUGUAUGUGUAACAAAGCAAUUCGUAGGUUUUAAAUUAACCCUGUAUUAACGAAUAGCAGAGCCUCUACUGACUUUCAAAAACUACUUUUUCGUAAAUCUUUGUGUCAAUCCAGUGACGGUGUAUCAUUUCAUCGCGAUUGCCUGUUCCCCCAUUGAAUUUAGUCUGUGCUUUCGGACGAAAACAACGGUAUAUAUUUAUAAAUUAAGUUAACGACAAAUUAGAACGUUCUGGGGUUAACCGUCUCAAAUAUGAAAUUAUUAUUAUCUUUAGUCGCGUUUUUUGUUUUAUUUUUUAUUUUCUUUUUUUUUUAAUUUUUUUUUUCCUCUCCAUUACAACCCACGGCAUUUUGUUAUAUAAUUUAAUAAUUAACGUCGCAAAAUACGAUCACAUUUGUAUACAGAGACUGAUACCUGACCUAAAAGUGUAUAUAUUUGACGUUCGAUAAACAAUAUACUCUUGAUUUAUAGAUAUUAUAAAGCAUAGCUAUUGGAUAUUAAUAUUACAUAAAUUAUAUAAUUAUAUGCUAUGGUGAUGAUAUUAUAUAUUGAGGUAUCUUUAUUAAUUUGUUAAGAUUAUUAAAUGUUUUUGUAAAAACUGUAUACAGACACGACAUACAGAGACAACGUAAAAUAAAAAUUUUGUAUUAUCAUUAGGCCUUACGCAACUAGUUGUAUACAUGUGGGUAACAACAACUAUACAGCUGUAUUUUACACAUAUUUUGUAUUUAGUAUGUACAAUAUUUUCAUACGUGUAAUGAUUUUGAUACA